AUGGAACUACCAUUGCAACAUGGUCCAGCAGUACUGCGCUGCACGCCUGCUUGUGGCUCGCAUGUGAUGAACUCUCGAAGCGUUGGCAGCUCCAGCCAACAACGGCAUCUUCGAAAUGUAAUGGGGGCAUGUUGCAUAUUCGUUUGGGCAAGGGCAGUAUCGACACGAGCGCCGUGCAUCAGCCAGGCAGCUAAAGCAAGAAGCAGCAGAAAGAAGUCACAAGCGAAACACUUCGGACCAAAAGAGUUGAAGAGUGGCUAUUGGCAAGAAGACUUGGACAUCGAUGAUGAUAUCGAUGUUUUUGAGUGGUUCAAUGCGGAAGAACUUCUUGGAGAUCCACCCGCCAAGAUUACGGAGUUCCGCGAGGUAGCAAAGUACACCAUUUACCCAGAGUGCUCUCCUGAGAGAUUUGAUGCACCGGAUUACCGCUCACCACCUCCUAAACUGCAGCUUGCGAAGGGGCUGAAGGAGCCGCCAGAGAUUGAUCAAGGCUUUGGGCGCUCGUUCACCGCAGACAUGCGAGAUGAGGUUACCCAAUUCGGUCAGGAUGAUUUUGAUCUUCGGAGUGCUGAUGUGGUGAUUAGUUUUCCCGCUUUGCAGACGCUGCUCGCAUUCGUGGACGGGACACUGACAGAAGACAUGCGUUCCAAGGGGUUGAACAAUCGACGCGGCAGCCAAGCUGAGCGCAUCGACCUUUUUCGAGUAGGGCGACUGCCUGAUGCUCCCGAAUCAAUGUUCAUCGGCACAGUGUGGAACUGGGUACCCGAAAAUGCAACAGCAGGUACUGCAAACUUCAACAAACGGUCUUACGAUGUCAAUUUUGAGCAGGUGGUCUCAGGAAAUGAUACCAUUACCGGUCCACAUUCUGUUCGGGAGUUGGACAAUCCCGUUCAUUACAGGGUGCUGGAAUAUCAACUUGCGGAUCUCAAACUUGUAGUCCGUGUCCCAGUCUCGUGCACAAUGCCGCGAAUGGACGAUGAAGCGAUGCCGAAUCCGGGAAUGGGUGUCGAAUGUUCGACGGCCAAUGAGCGUGAUGCUGGCGACGUUUGGGGGGCGACCCUCAGUUCUAAAUUCGCAGAGAUGCAGCUGGGCAAUAUCGGGAUGCUUGCUCGAGGCAUCGUCGAUAGAGGCACCAUCGUAGACCUGCAGGAACUGACACAAGAUGACCUGAAGCUGGACAGGCCAGGGCUGGCAGAGGAGACGGAAGCCUUGAUGGGAAGAUUAGCUGGCUUGCUCGGUCGGAUCAAAGAGGUCGCAGAUUGCCCAGGUUGUUGUGAUCGAGUACUAUACCUUCAAUACUGUGAUGCUGAGCUACGGCUCAUAUCGCCUUGGUCAGAUGAAGACUUGGAAAUGCUGGAGAGCUUUCCGGACAUUAGCAAUCAGGAAAUGGAGCAGCUGCUGUUCGGAGCAUGA